CAGAAGUGUUAAAAGUGAUUAACAUUAAAGAAAUAUAACAAUUUUCAAAGUGCAAAUGCUUUAACCAACAAGGAUAUCUUCCAACUACAGUCGAUUUUGAAAUCGACUAGCUCUUAGUACAUUUUUUAAGAAAGUAAUAGAAAAAAAAGGCCUUUGGGCCUCUUACCGCCAAGAUGUCGUCUGUUAAGGUGGCGGUUCGAGUGCGUCCCUUCAACUCACGCGAAAUUUGUCGAGAGUCAAAAUGCAUUAUAGAAAUGAGCGGUGCAACUACCGCUAUAGUGAAUCCGAAAGUACCACCAAACUCAAGUGAAGCUGUAAAACGAUUUAAUUUCGAUUAUUCCUAUUGGUCACAUAAUCCAAAAGAUGAGGACUUUUCUACGCAAGAAAUGGUCUACAAAGAUAUUGGCGAGGAGAUGUUACAACAUUCCUUUGAUGGUUACAAUGUCUGUAUAUUUGCUUAUGGACAGACCGGUGCUGGUAAGUCGUAUACCAUGAUGGGUAAACAAGAGGAGCAUCAGGAGGGUAUAAUACCGAUGAUAUGCAAAGAUUUAUUCAAUCGUAUCCAUGACACUGAAACCGAUGAGCUCAAGUAUUCGGUUGAAGUAUCCUAUAUGGAAAUUUAUUGUGAACGUGUGCGUGAUUUGUUGAAUCCUAAGAACAAAGGCAAUUUACGUGUUCGUGAACAUCCUUUGUUGGGUCCCUAUGUAGAGGACUUAUCAAAAUUGGCCGUUACAGAUUAUCAAGAUAUACAUGAUCUCAUUGAUGAAGGCAACAAAGCUAGAACUGUUGCUGCUACCAAUAUGAACGAAACUAGUUCACGUUCUCAUGCUGUAUUUACUAUUUUCUUUACACAACGUCGUCAUGAUACUAUGACAGAUUUGACUACUGAAAAAGUUUCCAAAAUCAGUUUAGUCGAUUUGGCUGGUUCCGAACGUGCUGACUCUACUGGUGCUAAAGGCACACGUCUAAAAGAGGGCGCUAAUAUUAACAAGUCAUUAACUACUUUAGGCAAAGUUAUCUCUGCUCUGGCUGAAAUCUCCGCAUCUAAGCAAAAGAAGUCAAAGAAAGCUGACUUUAUACCUUACCGUGAUUCUGUUCUCACUUGGCUAUUACGUGAAAAUUUAGGCGGUAACUCUAAAACUGCUAUGAUUGCGGCUAUAUCUCCAGCUGACAUUAAUUACGAUGAAACUCUAAGUACUUUAAGGUAUGCCGACCGUGCUAAGCAGAUCGUGUGCAAGGCCGUUGUUAACGAAGAUGCAAACGCUAAACUUAUCCGAGAACUUAAGGAAGAAAUACAAAAGUUGCGAGAUCUCUUGAAAGCCGAGGGUAUUGAAGUACAAGAAGGGCCCGAUGGCAAAGUGGUUUGUGAGAAGCGCGAUCCAAAUAAGGAUGAAAUCAAUAACAAGGUGAUUGGUAAUUCUGGAAAUAUGAAGUCUCCUUCAAAGACGCGUAAUCGAAAUGGUUCAACUGCUGAAAUGGCUGUAGAUCAGUUGCAAGCAAGCGAGAAACUAAUUGCAGAACUCAAUGAAACCUGGGAGGAGAAAUUGAAACGUACCGAAGAAAUACGUUUGCAGCGUGAAGCAGUCUUUGCAGAGAUGGGUGUCGCUGUUAAGGAAGAUGGUAUCACUGUUGGCGUAUUCUCACCGAAGAAAACGCCACAUUUAGUUAAUCUAAAUGAAGAUCCAAACUUGUCUGAAUGUCUGUUGUAUUAUAUAAAAGAUGGUAUAACACGUUUGGGCACACAUGAAGCGAACGUCCCACAGGAUAUACAACUAUCGGGUUCGCAUAUUCUAAAAGAGCAUUGCACUUUUGAAAGUCGCAACAGUGUAGUAACACUUAUUCCUCAUAAGGAUGCACUAGUCUAUUUGAAUGGACGUAAACUGGUUGAUCCAGAAGUUUUGAAGACCGGUUCUCGUGUUAUUCUGGGUAAAAAUCAUGUAUUUCGUUUCACAAAUCCAGAUCAAGCACGUGAACUGCGUGAAAAGAUAACUGAUAAUGCAGAAAAUGAGAAUGAGAAAUGCGAUACACAGCAAGUCGAUUGGAACUUCGCACAGUGCGAGUUAUUGGAAAAGCAGGGUAUUGAUUUGAAAGCAGAAAUGAAGAAACGUUUGGAUGUGUUAGAAGAACAAUACAAACGUGAAAAAUUACAAGCUGAUCAAGAGUUUGAGGAACAGCGUAAGUCGUACGAGGCACGUAUUGAUGCUUUACAAAAGCAAGUUGAGGAGCAAUCGAUGACUAUGUCAAUGUAUAGCAGUUAUUCACCAGAAGAUUUUCACCAAGAAGAGGAUAUAUUUACAAAUCCAUUAUAUGAAUCCUGUUGGACUGCACGAGAGGCGGGUCUUGCUGCUUGGGCUUUUCGUAAAUGGCGUUAUCAUCAGUUCACUUCUUUGCGAGAUGAUCUCUGGGGUAAUGCAAUAUUCUUGAAAGAAGCAAAUGCAAUUUCUGUUGAGUUAAAGAAAAAGGUGCAAUUCCAAUUUACACUUUUGACUGACACUUUGUAUUCUCCCUUGCCGCCAGAGUUGGCAUCUUCUGCUUCACCUAUACAAAACGAAGAUGAAUUUGGCAUACCACCAGUUUCAAAAACUAUUGUAGCAGUUGAAGUAACCGAUACUAAAAAUGGAGCUACUCAUUAUUGGUCCUUGGAGAAGUUACGCUAUCGCCUUGAAUUGAUGCGCCAAAUUUACAAUGUCGAGAGUCCUCCAUCAUCAAUGCUAUAUGAUACUUCAUCAUUAUGUGACGGUAUCGUUACUUCAUUGACGAACAAUGAGCACGAUCAGAAUUCGUCCUGCUUAACCCUCACAUAUUCCUCAGUAACAACCAUCAACAAUCCCACUAAUAUGCAUGAAGAUACAUUAAAGAAUGGACUUAUGACUAGUCGUAUAAAUACAGAUGGUCAGCAAUUAAAAUCGCAACAAACGAAUUCCAGUUCACCAUCUCGUCUAACAUUGGCGAAUCUUAUGCCUUCUAGACAACGUUUGGAAUUGAUGCGUGAAAUGUAUCACAAUGAAGCUGAGCUUAGCCCAACUUCUCCAGACUAUAACGUAGAAAGUUUGACUGGUAGUGAUCCAUUUUAUGAUCGUUUUCCAUGGUUCCGUAUGGUGGGACGUUCUUUCAUUUACUUGAGCAACUUGCUUUAUCCUGUGCCUUUGGUACAUAAAGUGGCUAUAGUAAAUGAACGUGGUGAUGUACGUGGCUAUUUACGUAUUGCCGUGCAGCCUGUUUUGGAUGAGGAAUCAAUUGAUUUUAAUAAUGGCGUCGCACAAUCGGCGCGCCUAAUAUUUAACGAAGAUGAUGCUAAACCCAAAUACCGUGCUUUGAAUGAAAAAGAUGAUGUUCAACGUUAUAUUGAGAAUGGUGGAUUGGAUAGUAAACUUGAAGAACUUGAAGAUGCUGACUCUGGACGUGGCAUUGAUUCGAACUCAGCUUCUGAGUGUCAAGAAGCUAAUGAAGAACCUGGUGAGCAUUUACAGGUCGGAAAACAGUUCACAUUCCGCGUUACUGUCUUGCAGGCAACUGGUAUUGGUGCAGAGUAUGCCGAUAUAUUCUGCCAGUUUAACUUCUUACAUCGUCACGAAGAGGCAUUCUCUACUGAACCUGUGAAAAAUUCAGGUUCCGGUGCACCUCUCGCAUUUUAUCACGUGCAAAAUAUAACUGUAACGGUUACCAAAUCAUUUAUUGAAUAUCUAAAAUCCCAGCCCAUUAUGUUUAAAAUAUUUGGUCACUAUCAGUCACAUCCAUUGCACAAGGACGCCAAACAAGAGUUUAUUUCACGACCACCACCAAGACGUAUGUUACCUCCAAGCAUUCCAAUAAGUCAACCAGUACGUAGCCCCAAAUUUGGACCUCUACCCUGUCCACCAUCAUCUACAGUCUUAGCUAAACAUGAUGUCUUGGUGUGGUUUGAAAUAUGUGAACUGGCUCCUAAUGGCGAAUAUGUGCCAUCGGUGGUUGAACAUAGCGAUGAUCUUCCAUGCCGAGGAUUAUUCCUUUUGCAUCAAGGCAUUCAACGACGCAUACGCAUUACAAUUGUGCACGAACCUACAGCUGAAGUUAAAUGGAAAGAUAUUAGAGAAUUAGUAGUGGGACGUAUAAGAAACACACCAGAAUCUUCCGAUGACCUUGACGAAGAUGCUUGUGUACUUUCAUUGGGUCUCUUUCCCGGUGAAGUGUUGGAUGUACCCGGGGAUGAUCGUUCGUUUUAUCGUUUCGAGGCUGCUUGGGACUCUAGCUUACAUAACUCAGCAUUACUUAAUCGUGUCACACAGGCUGGAGAGACUAUAUAUAUAACGUUAAGUGCAUAUUUGGAGCUGGAAAAUUGUGCACGGCCAGCUAUUAUAACCAAAGACUUGAGCAUGGUUAUAUAUGGACGUGAUGCACGUACUGGACCACGAUCUCUGAAGCAUCUCUUCUCAGGACAAUACCGGAAUCCUGAAGCUAAUCGUUUAUCUGGCGUUUACGAAUUAUCAUUGAGAAGAGCAUCUGAAGCAGGUAGUCCAGGUGUGCAACGUCGACAACGUCGUGUACUGGACACAAGCUCAACUUAUGUACGUGGAGAAGAAAAUCUAGAUGGUUGGCGUCCACGUGGUGAUUCUUUGAUAUUUGAUCAUCAAUGGGAACUCGAAAAGCUGACGCGUCUCGAAGAGGUUGGGCGUGUGCGACAUCUGUUGUUGUUACGUGAACGAUUGGGUAUGGACACUAAUCCAAUUCCAAUUACAAAAACAGAAAAGGAUGUUUGCAAUUUAGCUGCACGUGCUGCUACUUCACCUGUGCACAUGAAGUUUCCACCGUCACCGCAAACACCCGUCAAAGAUCCACAGUACAUAUUACCCGAACGUGAAUAUAAUAAACGCGAGCAAGAUUUAAUGACGAAAUGCUUAAAACUUAUACAGGGACGCUAUAGUAAAACUGAACCUACAGAUAACCAAAACCAAUCAGAUGUUUCACCUAGUGAUGAGGGUUGCGCUGACAUGACCGUUAGCUGCAUUUCCAGUAAUUCCAUGGAUACAAAAAUUAAACGAAGGUUAUGCUCUCCUGAUCGUUCUGAUGCACCUAAUGGCUGGGAGGCUCCUCCACCUGCCACACAACCUGCUCUUCCGCUUCGACUAUACGUACCAGAAUUAGAGGAGAUUCGCGUUAGCCCAGUCGUGGCUCGCAAAGGUCUCUUAAAUGUUUUAGAACAUGGUGGCUCCGGUUGGAAGAAACGCUGGGUGACUGUACGUCGUCCUUAUGUAUUCAUUUACAAAUCCGAAAAGGAUCCUGUUGAACGUGCCGUUUUAAAUUUGGCAACAGCUCAAGUCGAAUGUAGUGAGGAUCAAGCUGCUAUGGUUAAAAUACCAAAUACAUUUAGUGUGGUAACCAAGCAUCGUGGAUAUUUGUUACAAACUUUAGCAGAUAAGGAAGUACAUGAUUGGCUCUAUGCUAUAAAUCCAUUGUUGGCUGGACAAAUAAGGUCAAGACUGGCACGACGCACAUUGGAGACUGCAUCACAAACAGCAUCUCAAAUACAAGCAACAACAACUACAAAUUCGUCAAAUACCAAUAAAUGAGAUACAAUAACGAUGGAGUCCGUCUUAGUGUAUUAGCUAGAAAAAAUGUUUCUGUUAACUAGAACAAUAAAUUAUGUUAAGAUAGUUGAAGGCAAAUUUAAAUAUUACGAAAAAAACACAUAAAUUUAAUUUAUUAAC